GAGGAGCUUCUGUUUAAGUAUCCUAUUUCUACGUACCCGGAUGUUGAUGACAUCACAGCGGCUGUGGAUCCAUUCCAGAGAUUGUUCAAUGUGGUACUACGCUGGCAGAAGGCAGAGAAAAAAUGGAUGGACGGCUCCUUUCUCGACCUGGAUGCUGAGAUAGUAGAUGCAGAGGUGGAUGAUUAUAACAGGGAGCUUUACAAGAUCCAGAAAGUGUUUUCCAAUCGACUCAAGAAGCUACAAAUAGAGGUCGAUGACCGCAACAGGGACAGGAAGAAGCGCCGACGAGGUGCGGAGGAGAGCGGCGAGGAGAUUAAGCCGGAGGACCAGGAUGAGGUGCUACAUCCGCCACAGGCUGUUGGUGUGUGUACCAACGUCAUGGACAGCAUGAGGGAUUUCAAGGAUGUGAUUCCUGUGAUCGGCAUCAUGUGUAACCGAGGUAUGAGAGCUCGUCACUGGACAGACAUGUCAGAUAUUGCUGGCUUUGAUCUUACCCCCAACUCCGGAACAACACUCCGAAAAGUCCUCAAAUUAGAGCUUGAUGCCCAUAUGGAGAACUUUGAGGGAAUUAGUGCUGCAGCCACAAAAGAACACUCCCUUGAAAAAGCCAUGGUGAAGAUGAUGGAGGAUUGGGAUUCUGUCGAUUUCAAUCUCCUCUCAUACCGAGACACAGGCAUCAGCAUAUUGUCCUCGGUCGAUGACAUUCAAACCAUCCUUGACGACCAGAUCGUCAAGACACAGACCAUGAGAGGUUCGCCAUUCAUCAAACCAUUUGAGAAGGAAAUCAAG